AUGGCGUUUUCUCCUACCUGGCUCGUGCUCUUUGCUCUGCACAUCCUCUCAAUUAAUGCCCACUCUUGGGUGGAACAACUCACAGUCAUUGCACCGAAUGGAACCUUCAUCGGUACCCCCGGAUAUGCUCGAGGCAAUGUUCUCCGUACACCGGGCUUCGUCGAUACAAUGACCUACCUGAUUCCUCCCAACGCUCGACAGGACGUCACAGCGGUCCUACCGGUUGACAACAUGUGCAGAGAGACACAGCAAGACCAGGCUCAGACCGAAGGCAGUCCCCGACUCCAGGCCGAUCCUGGUGCUGCCAUUGCCCUCCGCUAUCAAGAAAACGGCCAUGUGACACUCCCCCAGAACCAGCCCGGAAAGCCCCCAAACCGCGGUUUUGUCUAUGUCUAUGGCACCACCCAGCCCAAAACUGACGAGAAACUCCUGGACAUUCACGGGAAAUGGACACAAGAUGGCAAGGGGGGUGACAGACGCGGUGUGCUUCUGUCCAAACAGAACUUCGAUGACGGCCGCUGCUACCAAAUCAACGACCAAAGCAUUUCCCAGACUCGCCAGAAAGAAUAUGCCCACAAAGCCAACCAACUGAUGGGAGCCGACCUUUGGUGCCAGCAGGAUCUUCGACUUCCAACCAAUGCACCCACCGGCAAGCCCUACACUCUCUAUUGGGUGUGGGACUGGCCCACUAAGGCGGGUGUCGACCCUACCUACCCGAAAGGAAAGCAGGAGAUCUACACUACCUGCAUGGAUGUGGAUAUUGUGCAGGCUGUCAACAACAAGCUGGGCGUCAGCCCUGAGUAUGAAUCUGACCAAGAUCUCAACAAUGCUGCCAUACCUUCCCAGUUUGAUGCGCUUGGCAAAACGGUGUCCUCCCAGCAAUCUUCGGGUGUGACCAGCAUGCCCACAGCAGCCAGGGAGACUGUGACCGAGUGGAUAACUGUUAAAACUACCCAGACUAUUAUUGGAUCGCCUACUGGAUAUUGA